AUGAGUGAAAUUGUGAAAAUAGGAUUGCGACUUGUUAAAACAAUAUAUUAUAUUACAACUCAAAACACAACGAAAUAUCUACUUCAAUCCAUGUGCCACGUGAGAAAUGGUUGUAAUUAUUUUACCAAAAGUUUAAUUACAUCAGCUCAAAAACAAUCAGCUGGAUGUUGGAAAAUUAUCAAGAUCUGUCCAGUGCCAUUAACAUUUAUUGCUAUGAAUAUUGCUAUUUACUGUGUAUAUAAAAUUAGAACAAAUCAUAGAUUUCGGGAAGAACUUGACAUGUGGUAUGCAGCUAGGGACGAAACUUUAAAGUAUUCUAUAAUUCCAUCAAAAACUAUUACAUCUAGUGUGUUAUUUGAUGACAGUCAAAUCUUACUCUUUACAGAAGAAGACGAUAUAACUCUCAUAAACGAUAACACACGUAAUUUAAUAUUAAGUGAAGAAUUGAAUGCAAAUAUAGAAGAACCAUUUCCAAGAGGCGAACCAAUACCAAUAAAAUUUGAUAGAUUUAAUGGAUUACUUGAUAAUGGUAAAUUAACAUUAAAAACAGAAGAUGGUAAUACAACAUUUACUUAUCAUCACACACUGAGCCUUGAAGUCAAAAAAACGUCUACAACUUUACAAGAUGAAAUAGCUGCUAUGGAAAAAAAGACAUUUGAACAAAUGAAACUUGGUAGAUUCAAUGCCUUAAUUCCACGUCGUAAAGUAACAUUAAAAACAUCGGAAGGUGAAUAUGAAUUGCCUUCAAAUUCACCAUCAAAAUUUAGAGACGCAUUUCCAAUAAUUGGAAGUUUUAUUUUCUCAGUUGAUGAGACAGUAAAAAUACAAGCAGACGAAAGUGAUGAAGUUUAUCAUUUGAAACAUAAUGUGAAGAUUGAAUGUGAUAAAAAAGUAGAUGAAAAUUUACAAAAUAUAAUGGCUACCAAAGAAGUAUCUCUAUUAGAUAUGAUACCUGGAGGAACAUAUCCAACAUUUGAUUGUGGUACAGUAGUUUUCAAAACACAAGAUGGUGAAAAAGUUAUGGUCAGAAAGAAAAUGGACUUUAUAAUUGUCGAAAAUGGUCCAAAAACAGAAACUCUUAAUGAGCGGCCACAGAUAGCGUUAAAUUAUAUUUAAAUCUCG